AUGACGUCGUGCCCGUCUUGCCGCAGUGGGGCUCCACCAGGCACGCGCUUCUGCUCUCGCUGUGGUUCCUGCUUCGCUGCUAAUGCAUCGCCGUCAUCGAUUUUGACCACUCAUGCUGCAGGUCACUCGUCAUCCGGGAGCAGCCGUCGGAACCUCGUGAAAGACCGAAAAAAACCAAAAAAGCCCAAGGAGCAGGAUGAAAAACCCAAAAAGGAGAAACACAUAGUCCCACCAGCUGCUGCAGGGGAAGAAGCGGCAGCUAUUUAUAACCAAUUGCUAGCAGCUGUUCGAGGGGCUAAUUCCGAGCACGAUGAGGUCGUCACGGCGUUUAAAACCGACUGUAAACAAUAUGGACAAGGGAAGCUCCGAGCCCGCGUGUUUUACGAGAGACUGGCCACGUACUUUGGCGGAGAGCUCAUGUUGGAGCACGUGUUGAUCCAGUUAGCGAGACUGAUUCCAGACGACAAGAAGAGGAAGAAAUUGGUGCACGUUCAUGUCAAGAAGGAGCUCAAGCGAGGAGAUGCGGCGACACCUCGUGCGGGGCUGGGUCAUGCUAGGGAACGGCCGCUUUGUAGCUCUGGUGGAAGGCAAACUCAGUCUCUGGGUCAAUCCAGGAACCGACGAAUGUAUUCAGACGCGGACCUUAGUCGAGGAGACAGUCUUGGUAGCGACACGUCGAGUAGCACGAGUGGGGAGGUCGUUCCUGUUGCCAGAUUCACUAUGCGUCGACAGGUAGCCGACCACCCAAUUUGUGCUAUUUGCAGCGAAGUGUUUGACAUGAAACGACGCAGACAUCACUGUCGCAAGUGCGGAGCGAGUGUGUGCCACUUGUGCUCCCCGGCCAGGAUGUUAAUCUCGCCGAGUCAGGUAGCGCGUGAGAGCAUGAAGAAGAAGUACGACCCCGCACACCCACAACGGGUGUGUACCAUUUGUGCGCCCAUUCUACAGUGUUUUCAGAGUGGCCUCAAUGCAAAGUAUGCCAAUUGCCACAAGGAAAACCCACAUGAGUCGAAGACACGACUGCACCUUCCGUUCAGUCGGUCACUGGAAAGCGCGUGCCGCUCCGCCGCGGACAUUCUCGGCAAUUUUUUUCGACCAGCUUUUGGUGCUGACAGUGACCGCUAUAUUCCUGCGAACUUCCUCAAACGAGCACAAGGGAUUGCGUUUCUCACUGUUGUUAAGGCAGGACUACUUAUCACUGCCAAGAUUGGCACGGGUAUCGUCAUUGCAAAGUUGGACAAUGGCUCAUGGUCUGCACCAUCUGCAAUAGGUACAGCAGGUAUCGGAGGUGGACUCGAGGGGGGCGGUGAAUUGAUUGAGUUUAUGAUUAUCAUGGGCUCCAAGAAAGCGGUCAAAGUCUUUCACCGGACUCAAGUUAAUGUAGGAGGUGGAUUGAGCGUAGCGGUUGGACCGUACGGACGCGAUGCAUUGGCGCAGGCCGCAGCUAGUCGCGGUGGGUUCAACGCCAACUACAGCUACUCUCACAGCAGAGGACUGUUUGCUGGCAUUUCGCUGCACGGAGCUGUCAUCACUGCGCGGACGGAGAUGAACAGCAACUUUUAUGGCCAGCAACUGACACCGGAACAGAUCCUGAGUGGGGCAGUACCUCAUCCACGCGCUGCGCGAUGUUUGUACAACGCCAUUGAUCAGGCUAUGGAAGGGGUCGCUCAAUUUGAAGCCUCGGGAGGAGGGUCCCAACGACGCUCAUCAUUGACAGGUGUUGAUGGAUCAGGAUCUUGCAGCUCUUGUCGAUGUGACCACUUUGUCCUGAAGGCUUUUUCGAAGAAGUGCAAGACAUGUGCCCAUGUUCGCAACGGUGGUGGCUAG